ACAAAACUCCGCAGCAAAAAACUAAUUUGCUAAUUUUCGAUACAAAAUUUGUGUUUUUUCAUCAAUUUAUCACGUAAAUUGCUUCAAAAUCAAAAAUUAAUUAAUAAAUUGUCUCAAAAAAGCCAAAAACUAUAAAAAAAUCGAAAUAUCAACAAUAAAAUUUGUAAAAAUUGUCAACAACAAAAUUCGAGUGAAUCAUCGUCGCAGUCCUUUGUUUACAUAAAACCCAAAAAAAAAGUAAAUUAUGUCGGAUGGAGAGCCAAUAUUGUCUGCCGAGGCAGAUACUUCCUUCAAAAAGUUGCGAACGGUCCCUUUGUUCAGCUUUCAUUUGCUUAUUUCGACGAUAAUUUCGUUUACGGGUGUCGUUUUGGCUGCUACGUGGAAGGAUAAGGAUCGAUGCAAGGCUUAUUUUGUCAUGGUCUAUUUAAGGGUCGCUUUUUGGGUGAUCACUUUUAUAUUUGACUACUUUGUCCGUCAACAUCACGAUCGCCUCCGCAUGAACGGCUAUCACGACUUCCAUCGUGCCACACAUCUCCAAAAAUCCGUCGCUUUCUAUCUCGUGAGUGCCUGGAGCGCAAUUUUCCUCGGCGUUCAAACGCUCAUGCACGAAAUGUACGGCGAAGACUUUUGGAUCAAGUGUCUCUUUGUGGGUUUCUUGUCGCCCGUCAUUUACGCCACGGCAUUCUCCAUCGUCGAAACCUUCAUUUUGGGCAUCGUUCAUACGUCGUACAUCUGUCGCGUCACCAAAUUCAAUAAUGCCAAGCCCCAACCGGAUGCUCUCCGCGGCAGACAUUUAUCGGGCGAAGGAUUAGUCGGCUUGACCCAUUCGCAUGCCGACACGAUGGAAUUGCUCGAGAAACAAGCGGAUCUCAUAAAUUACUUGAAAGAUCACAACAUUCGACUCAGCCAGAAAUUGUUGCAGCUCACGUCGCAAGUGCAAACAGUUCAUUUGCCGCCGCAACAGAUUUAAAAAAAAUAAUUUUUUUUUUGGAGAGAAACGAGCUGUGAGAGAAAAAGUAAUUAAUUAAUCAUGAAUUUUGAUUUACACGAUUUAUUUUUGUAUCAUACAAAAUGUGGAGUGUCAUUAACUAUUUUUUUUUUAUUAUUUCGAUGAAUAUUGCUUAAUAUUAUUACAAAAUGUUUCCCUUUUUGAUAACACAUAGACUAAAUUCCUCAAGUUAAAUGUUGGAGAAUCAAAACCGAAGGUUAAAGACUUUAUUAAGUAUGAGAAAAAGAGAGAAAGAGUUAAAUAAAUGUUAAAUAUUUAGA